GUCUAAUUUCAUGACAAAGGCUGAUCUGUCUGAUCAGAACUUGCUAUUUAUCUACACUGUAUUGAAAAUAAACUUCAGAUCAUCUCUAACCCAAGGAUCGACAUGGUCGGUUUUGUUUUGAUAAUUCUGGCUCUUGCUGGUAAGCUGGUCAAUGGUAACGAGAACCAGCAACAAAAUGAUCUCUCGGCUUUGACUUCAGAAUUCUUCCAGAGACUUUACCAGAAGGUGUCGCUCAACACAUCGAACAUUGUCUACUCUCCAUUCAGCAUCCACUCAGUUCUGACCCUGGCUUCGCUUGGAGCAAAAGGCAAAACUAAUAAGGAAAUAUCGAAGACACUGGGAAUCAAAUCUAAAGUUUACACUUUGUACAAGAGUUUAUUCAAUGAGUAUAAAUCAAUCGAACAAGCAAUCCUUAACACAUUCAACGCCAUAUUUGUCAAGCCUGAAAUAAAAAUCAUACCAAAAUUUACUAAAAAAGCUGAGACUAAUUUUUGCGCCUUAAUAAAGAAUCUUGACUUAUCCGCCCCUGAAGGACCCGAGAAAGCAAUCAACGACUAUAUUGCUGAAGCCACGAAAAACACCAUUGAAAGCCCUUUGCCACAAGGGACUAUCAGUCCAGACACUUCUAUGCUCUUAGUCAAUACAAUUUUCUUUAACGGAACCUGGGAGAAUAAAAUCCGAGAAGCAAAGAACCGCAAGUUCCUUGAACAUGGCAAGACAGCAAAAAUGAUUCCAAUGAUGGUAGAAACGAUGGACAUCCAAUACAAGUUCGACAAAACCAAUGAAGUUGAUGUGGCCGAACUACCAUUCGAGGGAAAAAGGUUUGCUUUGUACAUAGCCCUGCCCCGGAAGGUGGACGGUAUUGCUAGUCUUGAACAAUCUCUGUCAGUGCCAAAUCAAACAGAUCAACUUUUUACUGGACUCAGCGAGGAAACUGUUUUUGUCAAAAUUCCAAAGUUCACGACUGAAACGACACUUGACUUGAAACAACCUCUCAUUGAACUUGGCAUGGUCGAGGCAUUUGGUCCCGGAGCUGACUUUAGUAGCUUGACCUCAGGAGGGAACAUCUUCAUCAGUGAAGUGAUUCACAAGGCAAGAAUAGAGAUCUGUGAAACAGGGGUAACAGCAGCUGGAGCUACUGUUUUGAAAAUCGAUUUUCGAUCAAAGAGAAUUCCGGCAGAUGUGAAAUUCGAAGCGGAUCAUCCGUUCCUCUAUUUCCUCAAGGAUAAACAGUCCGGGAUAAUUUUGUUCCAAGGAAAAUUCUCCGGUUAGGUAGCUUGAAAUAAAACUUGAGAUGAAA